CGACAAGUAGCACUAAAACGGAGAAACUAAUGUGAGAGAGGGGGCGGAGAUUUCCAAGACUGUCCCAACUGUGCUCAACCAAACUCCACCCCCUCUCCUCCUUCCUUCUCUACCUCUCUCUCGAUUUGACCUCCCUAUAAAUCCAGUCCCAAACCAUAUCUGCUUCGUCUAAAUCUCUCUCUCCCCUGCAUUUUGCGAAAUGGAGUCCUCUGCUGUUCUCCGAUCCUUCAACUGUUCUGUGGGCACAGUUUCGCAGAUCCGCUCAUUUGCUGACAAGCCUGGUAUGCUUCCGGUGUACAAUGCCAGAAGGCCUACCUCUAGUAGAUCGUCUUUCCAAGGAUUGAUGGUUAGUGAGAAGUUCAUUUAUUCUCCACAAAAGCGGAAGGGAGUCCUUAUAUCAUGUGUGAAGACAACAGAAGCUGCCAAGACUGAGAAUUCCAGUGUUUUGUCGGAUAGUAAGCAAGAAAGCACAUCAGAAGGAUCUCCUCAAAGCACUGUGUUUCCUAAUGGAUAUGAGGCACUGAUGCUAGAAGUGUGUGAUGAGACAGAGAUUGCUGAACUGAAACUUAAGGUUGGAGACUUUCAAAUGCAUAUAAAGCGGAACAUUGGAGCCACCAGCGCUCCCGUGUCUACCAUCUCACCAACAGUUGCACCACCUAUUCCAUCUCCUCCCAUGGAGGCAUCUGUUCCUGCUCCCCCUCCAGCAUCACCGCCAAAAUCUUCUCCUGCCAAAGCCACUCCAUUUAAUAACGGUUCUGUAGCCAAGUCACCAAAAUUAGCAGCAUUGGAGGCUUCUGGAUCUAAUGGAUACAUUCUGGUUACUUCUCCAACGGUUGGUUCAUUCCGAAGGGGCAGAACAGUGAAAGGAAAGAAGCAACCUCCUAUCUUUAAUGAGGGUGAUCUUAUCAAAGAAGGACAAGUUAUCGGAUAUGUGGAUCAGUUUGGCACUGAACUCCCCGUUAAGACUGAUGUAGGUGGAGAAGUUUUGAAGCUCCUGUUCAAUGACGGAGAUGCUGUUGGUUAUGGAGAUGCGCUUAUUGCCGUCUUACCAUCAUUCCAUGGUAUCCGGUAAUUGUUGUUGUUGGGGACCGGCGAGGCUUGCAGUUUUCAAGAAUCAUAUUUUCCAUCUGUCUAUUUACCUCAUGGCAAUUAGGGGACGUGCUAUGUUGGUAUUCCGAUAUGUACUUCAUAUUUCUGGUCAGGAAAAAAAUGACUGUAGAUCAAUCAAGGAAUAAUUUUGAGUUUUUUUAAACCUCGUA